GAGAAAUGAAGAAUGCUGGCAAGCUUUCAAAUUUUGUAGCAGAGUUUCUGACAUUUAAUGGCGAAGGGGAAAGUGGGGAGUGCCACUCCAGGGGCCCUUUAAGGCAUCAGCUCCUCCUAUUCAAACGCCUGUGGAUAAACUAAGACAUUAGGGCGACUCGUGCCCUGUGGAGAAAAGGAACCAGGGAGACGCGUGUGCGCCGUUGAAGAAGAAAUUGGAGCACGGUUGGUACGCCAUUGAAGAGAAGAAUAGGGCGCUGGCAGAACUCCAUUGAAGGGCAAGAGUUUCCCGCUACUUACGACUCUCGACUUCCGCUCGCUCUCGCGCCAUCUGCUGCCCUCUGUGGAGUACACCAUUCUUUCUCUCUCGCUUCUGCCAUUGAAUUUCCAGAGCUGCUGGAGAGGUGCAGACCAUAUGAACCUCCAAAAAGUGAAUCAGGUUGAUUGGUAACAAAUUUUCUGGAUACUGGACAACCAUGAACAGUUCAAUUCAGGGCUGCUGCAAUCAUGGAGAUUGGAGAUCCUCUCGGUUAGUCAGGUUCCCCCGCAGACGACAGAGAGAAGAUCUGAAAAGAAGCUUCUAACAAGCACCCAUGGAUCUACGCCCCAUCUGGCCGUUCUUCCUGCUCAGCGUCGCCGCUCUCAUCCUUCAGAGUGCAGAUUUCGCCGGCGCCACUGACCACAUUGUUGGAGCCAACCACGGGUGGAACUCCGGCGUCAACUUCACCCAGUGGGCGGCCAACCAGACCUUCUACGUUGGCGAUUUCAUCUCGUUCCGGUACCCGAAGACGGGGCAGUACAACGUGUUCAUGGUGAACCAGACGGGCUACGACAAUUGCACGACGGAGGGGGCGCUCGGAAACUGGAGCAGCGGCAAGGACUUCGUGGAGCUCAAGGAGGCCAAGCGCUACUACUUCAUCUGCGGCAACGGCAUGUGCUUCAACGGCAUGAAGGUCAGCAUCAAGGUCGAGAAGCUCCCGGCUGCAUCGCCGCCCAAGGGGGCUGCCAACUCCAAAUCCGGAGCCAGAUCGGUCAUUUCCCGGUGGCAGACCGGCGGCUGGGUGUGGCUAGCGGUGGCCGCAUCGGCGGCGCUCGCACUUGUCUUGCCCGGCCUCCUGGUCUGAGUAGCUAGGGUUUUGCUUCAUUGGGGUGUGAGGGCACGGGUGGAAUUUCCGUCUUUUGUUUGGUUAUAUUUGCUCUGUAGACGUCCUUUUCCUUUUUCGCUGUGAUUUAUUUUUCCUUUUUGAUUGAUGGGUACGUGGAUGAGAGGUGUAAGGCUGAAGAGAAGAACCCAACCAUAGAAAUUGUGCAGGGAUUCUUUCUUCUUACUA